AUGCCCAUGAAGCAACCUAAACCACAACUUAAUGCAUUGAACCAAUUUAUGAAAGAGAAAAGGGCAUCUAUAAGGAGUUUGGAGAUGCAAAUAGGGCAGUUGGCCAAUCUAAUGACGAAUAGAGCACAAGAAAAUUUGCCUAGCACUACCGAGGUGAAUCCUAAAGAACAGUGCCUAGCCAUCACCUUAAGAAGUGGAACACAGUACGAGGAGCCUAAGAGAACUCAAUCAGAGGAGAUAAUUCAGGAGAAAAAGGACCAAGGCAUAGAAAAUAAGGAUUCUAGUGAAGAAAAGGUUACUGAUAGCCUCCCAGAAAAGGAAGUGGUACCUCCAGUAAGCAUUGAGAACCAUAUCAAGAUCCCAUACCCACAGAGGCUCCGUAAGCACAAUCUGGAUAAACAGUUUGCAAAGUUUUUGGAGGUAUUAAAAAAAAUUCAUAUUAAUAUCUCCUUCGCCGAAGCAUUGGAACAAAUGCCUAACUAUGUCAAGUUUAUGAAAGAGAUCAUGUCAUACAAAAGGAAGAUGGGAGAUUAUGAAACUUUACCAUUGAUUGAGGAGUGUAGUGCUAUUUUGCAAAGAAAGCUCCUAAAAAAUUUAUGA